GCUGUUCACUCAACCAUGUACAAUGAAGGUCAACUGGUCAUUUCAUACACAGGCACACACACUGCGAUACCGGCCACUCAAAACACAUACACUUUCUAUUUCAGUUCCUUUUUCUGUGGACCUACCACAGCUGAUGACAUUGUUUCUGUUCUGGGUGGGAUGUUGGCAAGAUAUCCUGAAAAGCCUACUUUUGAUUCCAAAAGUAAGAGAAACAGAGACACAGAGGAAGAAGACUAUGUCAGGAAGAAAAAGCGUAGAAAUGAGACAAAUGGUUCUGCAAUUCUUGAUCGAGGUCAGAUGACAGAAGAAGAAAAAGAAAAAAUCAGGCAAAUGAUUGAGGCUGAACCUGAUGCUGAAGCUAUGGAUGAAACCAGCUUUAAAAAACUGUUGUUGCAGUUUGAAAAGCGUGUUUAUAAAAAUCAGGAGAUGAGAAUCAAAUACCCAGAUUUACCAGAAAAAUUCAUGGAGUCAGAAAUAGAACUUAAUGAGAUCAUUCAUGAGAUGCAUGUGAUGGCAACUGUCCCAGAAUAUUAUCAGAUCCUUGUAGACCUCCAUUGUGUCCAGUCUUUAUUGCAAUUGAUAGCUCAUGAAAACACAGAUGUUUCUAUAGCUGUUGUGGAUUUACUACAAGAAUUAACUGACCCUGACACAUUGAAUGAAAAUGAAGACACUGCUAUAAUUUUGAUAGAUGCCCUGUUGGAUGGUCAGGUGGUGGCAGUAUUGGUGAACAAUUUGGAACGUCUAGAUGAAAAUAUUAAGGAAGAAUUUGAAGGAGUCCAUAACAGUUUGGCUAUCAUUGAGAAUAUGUCAGAGUUCAAACCAGAAAUGUGUCCAGAAGCUGCACAACAAGGCUUGCUGCAAUGGUUAUUGAAGAGAUUGAGGAUGAAGCGGCCAUUUGAUCAAAAUAAAUUGUAUGCUAGUGAAAUUUUGGCUAUUUUAUUGCAAGAUUCUGAAGAAAACAGACAGUUACUUGGAGAGUUAGAUGGUAUUGAUAUAUUGCUACAACAAUUAGCUAGUUUUAAGAAACAUGAUCCUGGAAGUAAAGAUGAGGUAGAGCUAAUGGAGGACCUCUUCAAUUCCAUGUGUUCAGCUUUAGCAUUUCCUGCUAACAGGUCAAGGUUUCUCAGGGGGGAAGGUUUACAACUGAUGAAUCUCAUGUUAAGGGAAAAAAAACUGUCUCGUAAUAGUGCUAUUAAAGUUCUAAAUCAUGCCAUGACUGGAAUAGAGGGUCAAGAAAAUUGCCAAAAAUUUGUUGAAAUUCUAGGUCUACGCAGUAUAUUUCCUUUAUUUAUGAAAACUCCAAAACAGACCAAGACAGGACCUGCGCCCGAUGAGCUAGAAGAACACAUUUGUUCAAUUAUUGCAUCAAUGUUGAGAAACUGUCAAGGAACUCCAAGACAAAGGCUUCUUAUUAAGUUUACAGAAAAUGAUCAUGAAAAGGUUGAAAGAUUACUUGAAUUACAUUUCAAAUAUUUGGACAAGGUUAGACAGUGUGAUGAUCAAAUUGAAAGAGAAAAAAUGCGAUUAAAACAGCAUGGUGAAGAGUUGAAUGAGGACAUGGAAGAUGAGUUUUACUUAAAACGUUUAGAUUCUGGUCUAUUUACACUACAACUUAUUGAUUACAUCAUGCUAGAGACAUGUGCAAGUGGAGCUUCUUCGAUUCGUGCAAGAGUAAUGCAGAUUUUAAAUAUGAGAGGUGGCUCAGUCAAAGUUAUUAGGGGCAUCAUGAGAGAGUAUGCUGGGAAUAUCGGAGAUGCUAAGGAUUCUGUGGCAAAAGAAGCAGAGAAAGAAAGAAUUCUUGCUCUUGUAGACAAAUUUUGAAAUUGAUAUUGUAUUAUUUGUAAAUAUUGCCAAUAAAUGUUAUACAGUUACAAACUUUAA